UAUAAAUACAAGGUGCUUUAAAUCUUUAAUCCAAUAUUGCAUAAAAUGAAGUUGUUCGUAGUAGUUAUAUGUGUUGUUACUCAAUUUUUGGGUGCACAUUCGAAGACGUUACCGGAUCCUCUUCCCGAGCCAUGUAAAAGAUCCGACAAAGACUUUAGGGGAUGCGUGCUUAAGAGUUUCAACAAGGUAGGAGUGCACCUGUCGAAAGGAAUUCCAAAAUAUGGAGUUCCCAAACUGGAUCCUAUUGAAAUACCCUUAAUGGUGGUUAACAGAACCCUCAACGAAUUUUUCAGCGUCGAAGCGGUAAUGAAAAACAUCAAAGUUACCGGCCUCUCUUCCACUUAUGUCAACGAUUUUAAAAUGGACUUGGAAAAAAUGGCGGGCGAAAUUAAAUUUACAAUUCCGCUAACGCAUUUGGAAAUGGACUUUAAGGUGGUAGGGCAGCUUUUCGCAAUUCCGCUGAAGAAUGAAGGAUUCUUCCGAGGAAACUUCAGCGAUACAGUGAGCCAUUUUAAGGGAAGCUUAAAAACGGUUGUAAGAAAUGGAGUAAAAUACUUCGCUCUCGAUAAAUUUAAAGCGAAAAGCACGAUUGCCGACGGGCACAUUAAAAUGACCUCAACAAAUCCUCAAGAUCAAUUUGCCGUUGACAUAAUUUCGAACUUUUACAACGAGAAUCCACGAAGAACUAUGGAUUUGGUGAACCCACUGUAUGUUGAAACCUUGACUAACUUCUUCAAAGUAGUAGUCGAGAAAGGGUUGGCUGCCACACCCGCUGAAGAUCUACUUCCGCAAUAAAAGUCACAAAAGUAAAGUUACCCCACUUAGCAUUAGAAGUACUGAAACUGGACCCAUUCGUUUAGCGUACAAUGCGUAAGUCAAUUACAAUGCAAUAUUUGCAUUCGGUCUAGACGGAUGGGUGUCUUCCACUUGCUAGUUACCACAAUAUAUUCGAUUGAAAGUGCAAGUGGAUGGCGUAAUUUCACAGUUAUGCAAAUAUAUGUCGAUGAUUUUUUAUAAUGUAAAUAAUUAGUUUCAAACCAGUCAGAACGAAACGGUAUACCUUCAAUCAUAUUUGUAAUUGUUACUUAUUAAUAUGCACAAUCAUCCAGUUCCCCCUAGUGAGUACCUACUAUUAUUUUUGUACCAACAAGCUUAUCUUAGUAUGUAUAUAGGUUUUGAUUUGUAAAUACCAAAUGAUCCAUGUUUAUAAAUUAAAUUAGUCAAUAUUAACAAUAUCGUUCUAAGAUAUUGGUUAGUGUAAUUUUUUUACAGGCAAAGGGAAUUGAGGUGUUUUGUAUAGAAAAAAAGAGUACGCCUUUAGAAAAACUAAAAAAGACUUGGCGUUGAG